AUGGCUCAACCGUACGUGAUCCGGGUUAUGGAGGAAAUGGGCUGGGGUUCCGGCGAUCGCAGUUUCAUACCGAUUGCCAACGAUGAGAACAAACGGCUGCUGGAAUUGGUGAACCGUCUGGCGGACAGCAAAACGGUUUGCACCGAGCGAAUCCAGGAUAGCGGUAGACGUUUGGCCAAUCUGCAGCUGCACUGGAAGAGUGCCCAGGUUGAGUUCGAUCAGAAUCAGAAACUGCUGACGGCGGACAAAAGUCAAAUCGAUGCCGAGCAUGGCAUGCUUAAACUGUCGGAAAACGAAAGCGGUCGGCUGCGGAAGAUGGCACGGGAGGCACAGUACGGCCGGCAGGAGCUGGAACAGCACGAUCAGCGGUCUCAGAAGGAAAUGAAGAAACUCACCGGCAGCAUGGAGCGCCUUACGGAGCGAAUCAAGUGGGCUAAGGCAGCGCUGGCCGAGUGGCAGCAGGUGAUGGGAAACGGCGAGGAAACGAACAAACUGAUUGCCAAAUUUAGCCGUCUGGAUGCCGGUCGGGCAGAGACCCUGGAAGCACGACGGCGAAUGCUCGAGGACAAGGUAUCCAAACGGCGCGCCGUGCUGGUGGAUUUGACCGAGGAAUAUCGCUCGCUGGAGCAGGUACUGGAACGUACGUCUCAGCUGUACAGGCAGGCUCACCAGGAGCGGCGCCAGCUGGUGCUGACGUGGAAGGAAGCCGUGAAGCACAUGAAUCAACGCGAGGGAGAUAUCAAAGUGGUUGAAGCGGAAAUUGAACGAGCACGGGAGCUGAGCGAUCUGCUGAAUCAGGAUCUGCAAGCGCAGGCGGAGUUUCUGGAGGAGCAACAGCGGAACAACAGGGAGAUUGAGUUGAAUAUUGCUGAGCUGAAUGUUGAGGUGUCGAAGCUCCGGAAUCGCUCGCAGGCUCUAACCGACAGUGUGCAGUUGAAAACGAAUGAGUACCAGGUCACGCGCAAGACGGUGCAGAAUGUGUCGAACAAACUGACGGGAAUGCGAAGCAAGAAUCGGCAAGCUUUGAUAGAGGAAGCGGAAAAGGAGAAGCAAAUUCAGAUCAACCUAAAUCAGCUGGAAGAACUGCGAGAUAAGUAUGAGAAUUUUAAGAGCAAAACGCUGUGUGCCCAGGAACGGCUGAGGCAGUUGAACGAGAUUGUUGAACAAGAGGAAAAGCAGAUAAAAGUACUGAGUGAUGAAACGGUCCGGCUGUCAACGGCACUUUAUCGGGCUCAAACGCAACUGGUUGCCAUGAAAGAUGAGGAUAAGCUGUUGAAAAUUGAAAUAGUCUCCCUGGAGGCGGGUAUAGUGAAGAUUAAGGCGGCGAUGAAGCUGCAAGAACGGGAGAUUAUUCGGCAGACGGAAAUUUCCUACAACGUGGAUUAUAAGAUGGAAAAGAUGGAGGAGAGGAUCGCAAAUAUGAGAGGGGAAAACAAGCAGGAAGGAGCCAACAGGGCGCAUGCUAAGUUAAUGCAAGCCGAGGGUGUCUAUCUGAGUAGAAAGCAAAACUAUUCGCUGCUGCAGGCGCAAAUUGCUAAAGUUCAGAUUGAUUAUCGUCAGCUGAAUGCAGUUUUUCAGCAGGACGGUGCGGAUAUCGAGCGAAUGACCGGCAAGUUGAAGGAGAAGCUGUUGAUUGUGGAAGGAGGCGAGAAGAAGCUGCGACAGGUUACGACCGAAAAUCAGGAGAGACUGGUGGAGAAGAGUCUGCUGAAGAUGAGAAUAAAUCAAAUGGAGUCACGGGUUGACAAGCAGAACAAUAAAAUGUACACUUUGGAGCGUCAUCGUGUGGAACUGGAGACUGCGAUCAACGAGCGGUUGAUUGAUAUACGAUCGCAGAAGGAUAUGUUGUUGCUGAAGAAAAAGUAUCUGCAUGAGGAACGGGCUCAGUUGAAGGCGGACAUUUCUGAGCGGGCUCUGAAAAUCGAGCAGUUGAAGAACCGUUACGAACUUUCGCUUGAUUUGUUGGGUAAGAAUGACGAUGGGACGACGGUGACGGCAACUCAGAUAAAAAUUCAAAACGCUCAGGAGAAAUAUAUGCUGCUGAGAGAGGGCAGUGAGUUGAACGUGAGAAUUCUCAAAGCUGAAGAGGAUCUUAAGGCACUGGAAAACACGCUGAAGCUGAUGAAUUUCACGAAUGAAACUUACAAGCGCGGGUUUCAGACGAUGGACGAAGACAAUCCGGAUAUUCAGCAGAUGCAGCAGAUUCAGAGUGACUACUGCCGGGCACUGAGUGCGCUGAAGAGUGUACGAACGGAUUUGGCGCUGAACACUGAAAAUCUGCACAAUCUAAACGAGGAACGAGAGGAAAGUGACAAGGCGCUGGAGGCGGCACAGAAGACGCGCCUCGACAACAACGACAUUCUGCUGAAGAUCCAAAAAGAGCUGCUCGAUCAAAAUACCAAAAUUCAACGGGCCGAACGCGAGCUUCGGCUGGCGGUUAAAGCGGCCAAAGCAAAAACCAAUGACGAGGAUCUGCUGGUCACGUUCCAGAAGGAUUUGAACCUCAAGGAGCUGGAGGAACGGAACGACAUGGUAAUGCACCAGAUAGCCGACCUGAUCGAGCAGGUUCCGGAGCUCAAUCCGACGGUGAACAAGUAUUUCUACGAGAAGGCGCUACGGUUGCCAGUGGUGCGACGUGCCAAGAGUCAGAUUUCGUGGCGCAGUGAAAAUUCCCCCGGAUCGGAGUACAGCGUUCGGGGCGAUACGCCUUCCUCGAAGCAGAUGUCCAAAAUAUCCGCCUGUUCUGCAUCGAGCCGUUCAUCGGACUCGUCGGACAAUAUUGCCAAAUCGUUCGACAACCGGAUGAGCGCUGGACUGUCGGUGAUUCUGAUUGAUUUUCCCGGUGCAAGCGGUAAGAAAGGUCAGCCUCCAGCGAAAAAGUAA